AUGACUGCGCCGGAGAACGAGCCUGAGGGGCCCAUCCGGCGAGAGGCUGCUCUCACCGCUCGUGAUGCCAUUACCCAUCAGUACGCGACUUCAACCAAGAAGGAGACCAAGACACCCUCGACGAAGAAGUUCCCCAACCUCUCGCAAGACAACACUGCUCAAGCGAAGAGACGCAUUUCCAUUGUCAUCUCAGAUGCUGAAGACAAACCCCCGCGUAAACGCAUCGGUUCAACUCUUUCCACGAACACCACCAUCAACAACUGUCUGCAACCAAACCCCGGAGCUGAGCCCGUCAGCCAAGCCGAUUUCAACACCCUCCGCAGUCUCGUAGCCCGACUCUUGCACGAGUCCCACGCAGACCGAGCUGCCAACCAAGAAUUGAAAGACGAAAUCGCCACGCUCAAGCAAUUCGUUGUCACAGUCUCCACCCUUCUCGAGACUUAUGACCGUGUCAUCGAUAAGACACAGAUCAAGGCUCUUGAGGCUCAGCUCUUGUCGGAGCGUAACGAGAGUGCUAGUUAA